UAGACGACAGAUAGCAAGUGAAAAGGCCGGAGCUCAGGGCUCAGCUCACCUCACUCCUUCUCUUAUUUCUUUCUAUAUAUACACAGAAAGAGAUGGAACUAUGGCCUGUAUUUAGCUAGACAUAUCACAUAUACAGAGAGAGUGAUCAUACCAGAGAAAGAGAGCUAGAUCAGUGAUAUAAUAUAUCAAUGGGGAGGCCGCCGUGCUGUGACAAGGUGGGGGUGAAGAAGGGGCCAUGGACGCCGGAGGAGGACCUCGUGCUGGUCUCCUACGUGCAGGAGCACGGGCCGGGCAACUGGCGGUCGGUGCCGGCGAGCACGGGGCUGGCCCGGUGCAGCAAGAGCUGCCGCCUCCGGUGGACCAACUACCUCCGCCCUGGCAUCCGCCGCGGCAGCUUCACGCCCCAGGAGGACGCCGUCAUCGCCCACCUCCAGUCCCUCCUCGGCAACAGGUGGGCGGCGAUCGCGACGUACCUGCCGAAGAGGACGGACAACGACAUCAAGAACUACUGGAACACGCACCUCAAGAAGAGGCUCCAGAAGCAGCAGGCCGUGGGCGCCAUCUUCGCCCCGCCGCCGACCGAAUCCGCCGCCUGCUCCUUCUCCUCGCCUUCGUCGUUGUCCUAUGCAUCCAGCGUCGAUAACAUCUCCAGGCUGCUCGACGGCUUCAUGAAGGCCUCCCUGCCGCCGCCAGCCUCCUCGGCACCGACAACGCAAUCAUCACAGAGCGUCUCCGACGCCAAAGACAAGCCCGGCCACGCCGCCGUCCAUUUCAUCGAUGCCGAUGAGUAUCCUAUGUUCCCCGCCUUCCACGACGAUGGCUGCUGCAUCUCCGGCAGCUUUGCCAGCGAUCAGCAGCAGCAGGUGCCACUGUCUUCGAUCGAAGAGUGGCUGUUCGACGAGGCGGUGGAGCCCAAGAUGAUGGAUCAGCUGGCGUCAUCGUCCGACGAAUGCUACUCCCUCGUGCCAAUGCUGUUCUGAAAAUAAAAAAGAUUACUCCCUCCGAUCCAACAACAAAAGAUGUCUCAAGUUUGUCAAUUUGGAUGUAUUUAUACAUGACUUACAGCAUGUUUGGGACGAGCUCCACUUCACAGCUUCACCCCUGAAGCAGUUGAAGUUGUUCCAAACAUUCCAAACUUCAUUUGUUAGGUGAAGUGAAGUAGCACACCUUUCUAGUUCAUUUUACUGGAGUGAAGAAAGAGAUGCUUCACCUGCUCCACUUCACCUAAAAUUAGAUAUAUUUACCCACCAAAGUGAUACCCAACCGUUAUAUUUC